AUGGAGGCUCCCUUGGAACAGAGCAUUUCUGUAGAAGUUUCACCUGCCUGGACUCCCAAGGCAGCUCCAUCUUCCCAGAACACCCACCCCUGUGAGAUGUGUGGACCAGUCUUGAGAGACAUUUUGCACUUGGCUGAGCAGCAAGGAACACAACACAGCCUGAAACUGUUGAGGUGUGGGGCUUGUGCAAAACAAUUUUAUUUCAGUGCAAAUAUUCAACAGCACGAGGAACAGCACAUGGGAGAGGAACACUUCAGAAGCAGUGUGGACAGGGCCUUGUUUGUGAAGAGCUGCAGAUUCCAUGUGUCAGGGAAGUCAUUUACCUGGGAGGAGGUUGAGAAGGACUUUCUGGCCAGCUUGGGACAUCAGCAGCAACAGGCCACUUACACCAGGGAAAAGCCAGAGAAAAUCACCCAGUGCAGGGCCACUUUACCAGGCAGAAAAAGUCAUUACACCUGGGGAGAAUGCAAGAAAGCCUUCAACCCCAGAGGCACACUUGUUCAGGACCAAGGUAUCCACACUGGAAGAGGAAGGCUUCAUAUGUGUGGAGAAUGUGGCAAAUCUUUUAGGCGAAGCUCAACCCUCAUUCAACAUCAAAGAAUUCAUACUGGGACAAGGCCUUAUGAGUGCAGUGAUUGUGGGAAAUCUUUUAUCUCUCGCUCAGGCCUUUGUUAUCAUCAGAGAGUUCAGUCUGGAGAAAGGCCUCAUGAGUGCAGUGAAUGUGGGAAGUCCUUUACCCAAAGAUAUAACCUCAGCAUACACCUAAGAGUUCAUUCUGGAGAAAGGCCUUAUGAGUGCACAGAAUGUGGGAAAUCCUUUAAGGAUAGAUCCCAAUUCAAUAAACACUGGAGAGGUCACACAGGAGAUAGGCCUUACGAGUGUAGUGAAUGUGGAAAAUGUUUUCUCUCUAGGUCUGACCUCCAUUGUCAUCAGAGACUUCAUUCUGGAGAAAGGCCUUUUGAGUGUACUGAAUGUGGGAAAUCCUUUAUCCAAAGAAGUAAUCUCAUUUUACAUCAGAGAGGUCACACAGGAGAAAGGCCUUAUGAGUGCAGUGAAUGUGGGAAAUCUUUUAACAAUAGGUGGACAUUCAUUCAACAUCAGAGAAUUCACACAGGAGAAAAGCCUUAUGUGUGCAGUGAAUGUGGAAAGUCCUUUAUCUGUAGCUCCACCCUCCAGUAUCAUGAGUGAGGUCACCGUGGAGAAAAGCCUUAUGAGUGCAGUGAAUGUGGGAAAUGUUUUACCACUAGCUCUGGUCUCCGUUAUCAUCAGAGAGUUCACACAGGAGAAAGGCCUUAUGAGUGCACUGAAUGUGGGAAAUCUUUUACCUCUAGCUCCGGCCUCCGUUAUCAUCGGAGGAUUCAUGCUAGAGAAAGAGUUCACACAGGAGAAAAGCCUUAUGUGUGCUGUAAAUGUGGAAAAUCUUUUACCUAUGGCUCCAUCCUCUGUUAUCAUCAAAGAGUUCACACUGGAGAAAGGCCUUACGUAUGCAGGGAACCGCUCCUGGCGCUCCUGCCCGGCGGCCUCGAGGGACGCGACGCGGUCCCAGCCCAGCUCCCGCCCCCGGCAGCGCCCCGCCCUCCGCCCCACGGCCCGGGGACGCUCGGAGCCGCCCGGGCCCGCCGCUCGGACGCCCCCUGGCGGCGCGCGUGA